GCAUUGUCCUCCAACACCACCGCGCACGCAUCGGCGCAGAGCCCGUCGACCAUGGUCGGUAUUGCGGGAAAGUCCAAAGCCUGCCUUGACUGCAAGCGGCGUCGCGUCAAGUGUGACUUUACGGCGCCCCUCUGCCUGAGAUGCGCCAAAGCCGGAAUCCGAUGCCGAGGCUACGAGCGGCCGACAAUCUGGGUCAACCGCACCCCUGCACAGCCCGAUACCACUGCCCUUGCCGCCAUCGCAAGAGUACGGCCCCCGCGAGGAUCCUGUGCAUCAUCAAGAUGGCUUCACUCGCUCUGUCAAAUGCGGCUCCAACUCUCGGGCGCGGCCUAUGACAUCACUCAAGUCAGAGCCCAGGCCUUGAUCCUUCUGCAGGACAUCUACCUGCCGCAGCCGCACGUCAUGGAAGACAGUGGCGACCCGACGCCGUUUUCGUGGCCCAAGGCUGUCUGCGGCAUGACCGGACCGAGCGAUGCGCUGGACCACGCACUUCUGGCGCUGUGCGCCAUACAGGUACGCCUGUCGGGGGAGACGAGCAUUUCCUACGACGAGACUGUGCGGCUGUACAACCACGCCCUCGGCAAGGUGAUACACGAUCUUGGCAGUAACAAUGAUGAGACGCUGGCCGCAAUUGUCGUUCUGUCCACGUGUGAGCUGUUUGUCUUCUCGACGGAUCAGAGCUGGCGCGCACACGCACAGGGUAUAUCCGAGCUCCUGAGGCAUCGUGGCGUGCCAGACGUGCCAUCAGCGAGCUGGCGAAGCCUCUGCGUGCGGCUCUGUGUUAUAUGUGCCAUUGCAAGAAGGUGCUCUCUAAGCCUCGCGCCACAGAGGUGGCGAGAGCUCAUUGGCCCGGCCCAGUCGUCUGCCUCCUUCCCACGGCUUCUCGACAUUGUCGCAGAGGUACCAGCGAUCAUGGAAGAAACACAUCAGCUCCUGUCUGGUGGGCUCCCCCAAGGGGACUUUCGAGCGCAUGACUAUAGCGAAAUGCUCCUCCAGAAUUUCCACAAGCUCCAUGACUGGCGGCAAUGCUACCAAAACAAGGUGGAAUCGGGUUCAUUCUCAUACCCGGUCCUUUCUAGACUGGUUAAUCCCGCAGAUGAUGCUUAUCCGGACAAGCUGUUUCCAUUCUCGCUCAAGUUCCGAUCAAUUACUGACGCCGUUACCUGGGUAUUCUGCUCUACGAUCAUGCUUCAGAUUCUCGAAGCUGUAUCGCGACUUGACAUGUUGGAUGCCAAAAGGAGCCACUUAUCGCUCUCAGAUGCCGCUGUGCAGGGCUCAAUUGUGUUGGCCUCGAUAGAAUCGUACGCGGAUGACUUGGCACGAAAGUUAUGUCAAAGCCUGGAAUACUGCUUUGGAAUCGAGAAUGGCACAUUUGGACCUCAAGGCACUUGUUCGACGCAAUGGGCUCUACAAGAUUAUUUCCGUCAUCGUGGGCUGCGCCGCGAAUGCGAAUGGUGCGAGAACAUCAAAGACAUGAAGGGACCCGCUUCACGCUGCGGAAUAGAUCUGAUGCGUCUUGGUUAUGGAUAAGUAAGGGUCGCUCUCGAAUGCUCCGGAUGGAGCUUUUUGUAUGCAGCAGCGAGCCCUUCACUUCCGGCAUAUCAUGCCGCGAGGGUCUCGCGAUAUCCCAUAGCCAAUUUUGCUUGAUAGAGCUGUUUAACAAACAUAUAAACACCACUCUUACACAG